AUGCAACGCUUACCACUUUUGGUUUUGUGCAUUACACUUGCACUUUCCGCUGUUUGUAAAGACGGCGAAUACACUGACGUUGACUCUACAUGCAAGGCGUGUCCUGAACACUGUUCGUCGUGUUUAGACUCCAAACUGUGCCAACGGUGUGCUCCUGGUUACGAGUUCCAAGUCAAAGAUUCGACGUUUGUCUGCGCAAAGUGUACUGAUGAUUGUGUGUAUUGUUCUGCUGGUGUUUGUAGUGUAUGCCGAGACUCUUACGUCGUUAAAGAUGGGAAGUGUAAUGAAGUUGUCGACAAUUCGAAGCUGGUCAUUGGUAUAUUAGGAGGUAUUGUAGCUAUUGUAGUCAUUGUGAUUGGAGUUGAUAUCUUGGUGUCCUUCAUUAUGAAGAAGGUUAAGAAAGACAAAGACGGCGAUUCAAAGUGA